AUGAGUAGUAGCCAUCCACAACCAGCCACGUCAGUCAAGCUAGUGCUACUCGGGGAAGCAGCCGUUGGAAAAUCCUCCUUAGUAUUGCGGUUUGUGUCCAACGAUUUUCAAGAAAAUAAAGAACCCACUAUUGGAGCUGCAUUCUUGACGCAAAAAUGUACCAUUGGUGAUCGUACCAUCAAAUAUGAGAUUUGGGACACUGCAGGACAAGAACGGUUUGCGUCACUAGCACCUAUGUAUUAUCGAAAUGCCCAAGCUGCUAUUGUGGUGUAUGAUAUAACUAAACCGGCAUCAUUUGUCAAAGCUAGACAUUGGGUUAAAGAACUACAUGAACAAGCAAGUAAAGAUAUUACUAUUGCUCUUGUUGGGAACAAAUAUGAUUUAGUUGAAGAUGAGCCUGAGGAUGGAAAUACGGGAGAAGGAGACCAAGAGUUGUUGAGGAAAGUAAGUAAAGAAGAAGGACAAGCAUUGGCUGAUGAAGAAGGCUUACUCUUCUUUGAAGCUAGUGCAAAGACGUCUUAUAAUGUUAAUGAAGUGUUUGUUGGGAUUGGGGAGAAGAUCCCCGAUAAUAAUAAACAAGGUGGUAGUGCUGCAACCAACAAUGGAGAAGUCAAUGAAAAUAGAAUUGAUCUUAGUGUUGAGAACAGGAAAUCAUCCUCCCUGUGUUGUUAA